AUGGAGGGUGAAGAGCAGAAGAAAGAAGAGGAUGUUGAGGAGGAGGAGAAGACAGAGGAAGAGGCUGAUGAGGAGAAUAAAAAAGCGCAGGAGGAUGAGAAGGAGAAGGCUGAUGAAGAUGAUACCAAGCAGUUCCUGCAGGUCUGGCAUGACAUGCAGGUGGAUGAAGAGAAAUAUGAGGUCCUGAAUGAGAAGCAGAAAUAUAUGGAGGCCGAAGAGCAGAAGAAGGAAGAGGUUGAUGCAGAGGAGAAGACGGAGGAAGAGGCUGAUGAGGAGAAGAAAAAAGCGCAGGAGGAUGAGAAGGAGAAGGCUGAUGAAGAUUUUAGCAAGCAGUUCUUGCAGGUUGGGCAUGACCUGCAGGUAGAUGAAGAGAAAGAGGAGGAGGUCCUGAAUGAAAAGCAGAAACAUAUGGAGGGUGAAGAGCAGAAGAAAGAAGAGGAUGUUAAGGAGGAGGAGAAGACAGAGGAAGAGGCUGACGAGGAGAAUAAAAAAGCGCAGGAGGAUGAGAAGGAGAAGGCUGAUGAAGAUGAUACCAAGCAGUUCCUGCAGGUCUGGCAUGACAUGCAGGUGGAUGAAGAGAAAUAUGAGGUCCUGAAUGAGAAGCAGAAAUAUAUGGAGGCCGAAGAGCAGAAGAAGGAAGAGGUUGAUGCAGAGGAGAAGACGGAGGUAGAGGCUGAUGAGGAGAAGGAAAAAGCGCAGGAGGAUGAGAAGGAGAAGGCUGAUGAAGAUUUUAGCAAGCAGUUCUUGCAGGUCGGGCAUGACCUGCAGGUAGAUGAAGAGAAAGAGGAGGAGGUCCUGAAUGAAAUGCAGAAACAUAUGGAGGGUGAAGAGCAGAAGAAAGAAGAGGAUGUUAAGGAGGAGGAGAAGACAGAGGAAGAGGCUGACGAGGAGAAUAAAAAAGCGCAGGAGGAUGAGAAGGGGAAGGUUGAUGAUGAUUUUAGCAAGCAGUUCCUGCAGGUCUGGCAUGACAUGAAGGUGGAUGAAGAGAAAUAUGAUGUCCUGAACGAGAAGCAGAAACAUAUGGAGGCCGAAGAGCAGAAGAAGGAAGAGGUUGAUGCAGAGGAGAAGACAGAGGAAGAGGCUAAUGAGGAGAAGAAAAAUGCGCCGAAGGAUGAGAAUGAGAAGGUUGAUGAAGAUGAUACCCAGCAGUUCCUGCAGGUCGUUCUUGACAUGCAGGUGGAUGAAGAGAAAGAGGAGGUUCUGAAUGAAAAGAAGAAACAUAUGGAGGUUGAAGAGCAGAAGAAGGAAGAGUUUGAUGAGGAGGAGAAGAAAACAUUUGAAGAUGAUAGCAAGCAGAUGGUGGUGCAGAUGAUGUGUGACCGGGACAAUUAUGCGGAUGAGGAGGAUGCACACCUGCAGAAUGAUGAGGUGAAGAUGGAGGAAGAAGUGAAUGAGGAGAAUCAGUUGGCGGGACACAAGCGACGACGGGUGCUUAACAAGAAGAUCGGAAGUCCAUAUUAUAUCAGCCCAACCGUUGGAAAAAUUUUGCCACCAAAGAUGAUUAAUCAUGAUCCAUUUCGAAAGGCAAGCGAUGAAGACCUCAAAAACCUUCACAGGUGUAAAACACGCAAUCAGGAUUUCAGCUUCACUACUUUUAAUAUCAGAUUCCCCGAUUUUAUUGAAGAUAUCAUGACGAAGGAGUCUCAGUUGUCGACUGAUCAUAUGGACUGCUUCUUGGCAAUGUAUAGGAAGAUGUUGAAGAGCCAACCUGAGCUCUUCCCUAACAGUAGAAUUGCCUUUAUGGACAACCUUUUUAACCUUCUUAUCUGUUCGGCGUAUGCUGAUUACGUCAAUUCGGAGCUUAUUGACCAACAACUGAUUCCCUACUUCAACGGCAUACACCUAAUUGCAUAUGGGUCAGGUCGGCCAUUGACUGAAGUGGAUACACUUUACGACAUCCUGUUGGUAAAAGGCAACCAUUGGGUCGCACUGGUUGUGGAGCCGAAAAAACGACGGAUUGAGGUUCUGGAUUCAUUAUAUCCAAAACACCCAGAUCAGCGUAAGAACAGAUGGCUCCACGUGAAGCCGUUUGCGGAAAUGAUUCCUUUGAUGUUUCAUCUUUUUUCAAGUUCCCCUUCUUUCAAAGACAGGAGUCCAUAUAAGAUAAUUUUGAGGGACGACACUCCGCAGCAAACCGACGGAAAUGAUUGCGGUAUAUACGCUCUCAAAUAUAUCGAAUGCCAUGCCUUCCGGACUGAUUUCAACCGAGGUCAACUUAUGAAGAAAAAUAUCCAGUCUGUAAGGUUAGGAAUGGCAAGUACAAUUAUUGAUUUUAUAACGGACAAAACCAACGAAUGA